CCCCUGACUUUCUUCUUGACCACCACAUCGCUGACAUAUACUUGGUCAAUAAUACCACCUUUUAUGCCUUGGAACACAAUUACCCUCAACGAUGGACAUGCGAUGCCCACCAUCGCGUUCGGCACUUGGAAGCUUGGAAACGGCCAGGGUCCGAUUGAUCAAGUAGAACAGGCCCUCUCUGUAGGCUUCGACCACAUUGAUACGGCUCAAGCAUACGGAAACGAAGAAGAGGCUGGAAGAGCCUUUCACGAGUCGGGACUUGCUCGUUCUGACGUCUUCAUCACUACAAAGUUCUCUGGAAGGGAUGGGCUAGAUAUCGAGACGAGUAUUCAGAACAGCUUGAAGAAUUUGGGCGUAUCUUACGUCGACCUAUAUCUCAUCCACCACCCACGCCUCGCCACGCCCGAUAUCCCAACUGCGUGGGCGAAGAUGGAGAAGUUGAAGAGCGACGGCCUGGCGAAGAGUAUUGGCAUAAGCAACUUUGGCGUCGCAGAACUGGAGACGCUCCUCGCAUCCGCGAAAGUCAAGCCUGCUGCCAAUCAGAUCUUGCUUCACCCCUACGUCUACCUCCAACAAGCACCCAUUCUCGCCACUGCGGCCGUGCAUGGGAUUACUAUCGAGGCGUAUAGCGCGUUGAUCCCUCUGACCUCCGAACCUGGCGGACCAGUUGAUAAGCCUGUGAACGAUAUCGCGGCACGGCUCGAGACGACCCCGGAGCAGGUUCUCCUGGCGUGGGUGAAGGCGAAGGGCGCGGUCGUCGUCACAACGUCGAGCAAGAAAGAAAGGUUGCAAGGAUAUCUCGCUGCUGGAGACCUCCAGCUCACCCCUGAAGACAUUGCUUUCAUCGACGCCGCUGGCGCCCGCGGAGCCCGUCAACACAAAGCGAGAUCCUUGAUAAGGAAGGUUGCAGGUGUCGCCAUUGUCGGGGCGGUGGCGAUCAAGGGUUUGGGAUUACUGGGGGUUUUGUGAGUAUAUGAGUAAGGGUACAUUUGGACGGAAAUGAUACUGCUUGCUUUGGGUGCUAUGGGGAGAAGUUCUUUGGGCUAUCAUAUCGUGGUUGUGUUUGUGGAUCGGGAAGGCGGAGUAUAUAGCGGUUGUGCUUGCUUGUAUGUAUAUUGUGCGCGUAGUCUGUAUGCUCAUCUGUACUGUGAUGGAUUGGUGAUGGAUUUGUUGUCAGCGAUAGUAUGCAAGUGUGCUAUUGUUUGAUUAUUAUAAAACGUGCUUAUCUGUUGCUUAUUG